AUGCUGCUCAAGUUCCAGGUCCAUUCUCCGGGCAAGGUCAUACUUCAUGGCGAACACGCCGUGGUCUAUCAUCGUCCCGCCCUGGCCGCCGUAGUGGGUUUGGGCACUACUCUGAAAUUCCGACAGCUGGAGGCCAGCCAGGUGGCAAGUUUUCAACUGGAGGCCCUUAACUGCACACUGGAGAUCCAGUUGCCGGAGUUCAAUGGCUUCCUGGCUGAAUUCAGGAGUAAAUACCCAUCAGACAGCACGGCCAAUCUGUUGGAAGCCGUCCGCGCAGAGGUGUCCAAACAACUUGAACGAUCCGGAGGCAAUGCACCCAAGCAGCACACCCAGCGGGCAUUCAUCUCCAUAUACUAUUUGCUGGCCGGCGCUGUACUCUCCGCACCCGGCGACAAGAAACUGACGCUGCAAACCGGUUUCCAGGUGCAGGUAGACAGCCAGCUAACCGUGGGUGCGGGCUUGGGCAGUUCCGCCUCUUUCGGAGCAGCUUUGGCCACAACAUUUCUCAUUUUGGCCGGACACUUCGAUAGAGACAGCUACUUGUCGGAGGCAAACCAGGCGUUGAUCUCGAGCUGGGCUUAUGAAUCGGAGCGCGUUAAUCAUGGCACACCCUCGGGUCUGGACAACACUGUGUGCACGUACGGCGGUAUGUUGCGGUAUGUCAAGGGACAGGGCUUCCAGUCGCUGAAGAUUCAGAAACCUCUGAACAUCCUGCUGGUGGACAGUCGUGUGAGUCGCAGCACCGCAGACAUUGUGGCUAAGGUGCGUCAUCUGGGAGAGGCCUUUCCGCAGCUCAUCGAGGCCAUUUGGCAGGCUUGCGAGGAGCUUGUUGCCGCCGCCGUUCCACUCUACGAAAGCUUUGGCAACGCCCAAGACGAUAGCUCGAAAUUCGAGCAACUUGAACGCCUGUUCCAGAUCAACAAUGAUCUGUUGAAGGCCAUCGGAGUGUCGCAUCCAAAACUGGAGCAGAUCUUCACCAUCGCUUUUAAGCGUGGCUUCUUUUCAAAGCUGACGGGCGCCGGCGCAGGUGGCUAUGUCAUCGUUCUGCUUCCAGAGAACUACGAGUGCAACGAGGUAUACUGGAAGCUUAAGGAGGAGCUCGAAUCGGCGGGCUUUGGUGUUCAUGUUACGACUGCCGGCGGCGAGGGAUUGCGCGUUAGUUCGCUGGAAGACUGAUGCGGUUUCGUUUUGUAUUGCUAUUGUAUGUAUUCGUGGUAUUGUUAUAAAUUAAAGAAUAAAGAUUUAUACAUGUAUUUUGUACGGCAA